ACGCGAUUUCACGGUCCCUUGGUUCAUUAAUUCCUCUGUUUAAAGUAAUUAGUAAUUAUAGUUUCCCUUUCUACGCAAAACUAACAAGUUACAGUGACAGAUUCUGACAAAUUCUAAAUGUGACAAAGUGGACAUUAUAAUUUAUAUGAAUUUCACGUGAUUUGUGCAGAUACACGCCAUAACAAUAAAUAAGGGUCUAAUAAGUGUUAUUUGUUGUUAAUUUAACAAUUUACAGUAACAAUUUAACAUUUAAAGUAUUAACUAUACAUAUCUGUCAAUUGAACACUGCCAAGCAGUUAUCAAAUGCUAAAAUAUAAUUAUAUGGGUAUUUAUAAUAUAAGCUUAAAAACACGAUAUAACCAUGCAACGUGAAGAAAAACAAUUGGAAGUUACAUUGCACGCUAUUUUAAACAGAGUAAAUGAUCUUAAGUCUGCUAUACAGGGGUUAAUAGCAAAAUUAGAAACAGAAUAUGAAACAAUAAAUUGGCCUACGUUUCUUGAUAAUUACGCUAUAUUGUCUGGGCAUUUGACAGGCUUAAGCAAAAUUCUUCAAAAUGAGUUGCCUCCAUCAUUAAGAUCAGUUGUAGUGUUACCUUUACAAUUGGGAUGUGAGCGUGAUGAGGAACUAGCAAGGCUGUCAGAAGGGAGAGUGCCAGCUUGUACACAUGACCUCGUCCCGGAUCUGCUACGUACAAAGCCUGAGCCACAAGCAGAGCAAAGACUACAGCAGUUAAACCACAAAGCUAGCACAUUAAGCUAUGAUACUGCUCAGAAACAGGUAGCACAAUUUACAAAAGUUGUAAGUCAUGUAUGGGAAAUUAUAUCAAAAGGUCGUGAAGAUUGGGAAGGAGAGUCAAUGAGAUCUGCAGGUAUACAGCCAACACAUAGCAUAGCUGACACCCAUGCUUUAGUAACAGCAGUAGGAACUGGUAAAGGACUCCGACCGGGAAUGCCACCUAUUGGACCACCUGGUGUUGGAACACCUGGAAUGGGCCCUGCUAGAGGCCCAACUCCUCAGAUGGGUGCUGCGACUCCUACUAUGCCCAAAGCACCUUCAGCAAUUAAGACCAAUAUAAAGGCCGCAAACCAAAUUCAUCCAUAUCAACGAUAACUUGUAAAUAUAUAAAAAUAAUAAACAUUAUAAAAUAAAACAUGUAUAAAUCUUA